AUGGAUCUUAGAGGAAGGAAAUCAUCACGUGAAGAUGACAAGAGUAAUGCUAGUGGUGGAGGUGUUGAGGACAAAAGGGCAUGUACCGAUUGCAAGACUACUAAGACUCCACUGUGGAGAGGUGGACCAGCUGGCCCCAAGACAUUUUCAUUGGACCUUAUAUCACUGUGUAAUGCUUGUGGGAUCAGAUACAGAAAGAAGAGAACUGCGGUGGGCUUAGAAAAAGGUCCAGAGAAGAAAAGGGAAAAAACCCAAAUCACCAGCAACAGCACUAGUGCCUCAAACAGCUCUAAUAGCACUACAGCUGCUGGUACCACAAGUACUGUUAAAGUUGGUAGUGGUAAUGGAGUGAUCAGUGAGUCAUUGAGAAUGAGCUUGAUUGUUUUGGGUGAAGAAAUGAUACUACAAAGAUCAUCAAUUGUGAAGAAACAAAGGUGCCGAAGGAAAAGGAAGCUGAGAGAGGAAGAACAGGCUGCUUUUUCUCUGAUGGCUCUGUCUUGUGGCACUGUUUUUGCAUGA